AUGAUCGUUAUGUCCUCCGAUGAGCGGUUCAAGAGGAAGACUGGUGUCGGGAUCGCCACGGGUCACAUGUGCACGGGAAUCAUCGGAAAGCCGAACUUCAGGUCAGAGUAUGCCCUAGCCGGGGACGUGGUCAACCUGGCGGCGAGGCUUGCCGCCGCAUCGGAGAAGGGAGAAAACGGCGUCCUCUGUGACGAAGCAACGCUACAGUCUCUGACCGGCGAGGUAUGCAAGGGCCGGCGAUACCCAUGA